AUGAGCUGGACCUGCCCGCGUUGUCAGCAACCCGUUUUCUUUGCAGAGAAAGUGAGCUCCCUGGGCAAGAACUGGCACCCAUUCUGCCUGAAAUGUGAGCACUGCCACAGCGUCCUGUCCCCAGGAGGGCAUGCAGAGCACAACGGAAGGCCGUAUUGCCACAAACCAUGCUAUGGGGCUCUCUUUGGACCCAGAGGGGUGAACAUUGGUGGUGUGGGCUCCUACCUCUACAAACCUCCCAUUCCCACAACUGCCAGCACCACUCACCUUAGCCCCAGCAGCUUCAGCCCCCCCAGGCCCAGGACUGGCCUCCCUCAGGGCAAGAAAAGCCCUCCCCACAUGAAGACAUUCACUGGGGAGACCUCAUUGUGCCCGGGCUGUGAGGAACCUGUCUAUUUUGCUGAGACGGUGAUGUCUUUGGGCAGAAAUUGGCACCGACCCUGCCUGAGGUGCCAGCGGUGCCGGAAGACCCUGACUGCUGGGAGUCACGCUGAGCAUGACGGCGCCCCCUACUGCCACAUUCCCUGCUAUGGCUACCUGUUUGGCCCCAAAGGUGUGAACAUUGGUGAUGUGGGCUGCUACAUCUAUGACCCUGUGGAGAUAAAAUCUAAAUGA